AUUCCCUGAAAGAUGGUACCAACGAUGAUUUUGGCUGCGACUCACGCCGCCCCUAAUCCAGAGAAGCAAGGGUUCUCCACUCUCGCAAACCACUAUAAGAAUUCAGACCCCUGCCAUCCAACACGAUGCAAACCACAAUAACCUUGCAGAUUAAAUCAUCUACUUCCAACAAUGGCAGACCCCAAGCAGCAAAAGAUCUAUCGCGCCUGGCCCACGGACCCGCCAACCUACACCCAAACCAACAACGAGCAAGUCCGCAACAUCACCCAUAACAGAGACUGGAAUUAUUCCCUCUGCGACUGUUUCACCCCCGGCUCUUUAUGCCUAACAAGCUGGUGUCUCCCAUGCCUUACCUUCGGAAAGACGCAAGCGCGCAUCCACGACCCGACGCUCCAGAACCUCAGCUACAUCAACACUGACUGCGCCAUCUUCACCUGCCUCGGCCUCAGUCUCUCCCAGUGGAUCAUCCAAACGAUCCGGCGCGGCGAAAUGCGCGAGCGCUUCGGCAUCGAGGGCUCGUGCUGCGGCGACUGCUGCACGACCUUCUGUUGCGGGUGCUGCGCCCUCAUUCAGGAGGAGAAGGAGAUGGAGCUGCGCACGAGGCCGGAGCUCGCGGGGUAUCAGGCGGCGCCGCAGAUGGCGUAUUCGGCGUAGGUUUCGGGGUGGAAGUUCAUACGGCUCAUUAAGCUUGAACUGGGCAUGAGAGAGAGUCCGUUUCUGGGUCCAGUUGGGGGUGUGUCUGUGGUAUGGAUUAGGUUGGGUUGUGGGCAAGGGAUUUAUCUGUGUAUAUGACAGCCGGAAGAUG